CUCUCUCUCUCUCUCCUCUUUACCGAACUCUGGUUCUAGAGAGAGAGAAACCAUUCUCUCCAUUAAGAGAGAGAAGUUGCAAGGAGCAAAUUGUUUUUUUUUUUUCUUUCUCUCUUAGAGCAAUUCGAAUUGAACUCCAGUUGGUUACACUACUCUGCAUUGAGGGAUAAUGGGUAGCAACGAAGAAGGAAACACCAAGAACUCUGAUAAGCCAUCGCAAGCUGCUCUUGUAACUGAGCAGAGUAAUGUUCAUGUGUAUCAUCAUGACUGGGCCGCUAUGCAGGCAUACUAUGGCCCUAGAGUUGCUAUACCACAAUAUUACAACUCAAAUGUGGCAAAUGGUCAUGCUCCACCUCCUUAUAUGUGGGCGUCUCCAUCGCCAAUGAUGGCUCCUUAUGGGGCACCAUAUCCACCAUUUUGCCCUCCUGGUGGUGUUUAUGCUCACCCUGGUGUUCAAAUGGGCUCACAACCACAAGGUCCUGUUUCUCAAGCACCACCUGGUGUUACAACUCCUUUGGCCAUGGAUGCUCCAGCUAACUCUUCUGGAAACACGGACCAUGGGUUCAUGAAAAAACUGAAAGAGUUCGAUGGACUUGCAAUGUCAAUAAGCAAUAACAAAGUUGGGAGUGCUGAACAUAGCAGCAGUGAACAUAGGAGUUCUCAGAGCUCCGAGAAUGAUGGUUCUAGCAAUGGUAGUGAUGGUAAUACAACUGGGGGAGAACAAUCUAAGAGGAAGCGAAGACGAGAAAGAUCACCAAGCACCGGUGAAAAACAUUCAUCUCAAACCACUCCUCCUCUUAGAGGUGAAAAUGCGAAACCUGAUAUGACCAUGGGGACUCCUGUUAUUCCCACAGCAAUGGAUUUUCAAAACUCUGCUGGCAUAAACGGUAUCCCACAGACAUGGAAUGAAAAAGAGGUUAAACGAGAGAAGAGAAAGCAGUCAAAUCGAGAAUCUGCUCGAAGGUCGAGACUAAGGAAGCAGGCUGAAACUGAACAACUUGCGGUCAAAGUUGACGCACUAGUAGCUGAGAACAUGACUCUGAGGUCAAAAGUAAGCCAGCUAAACGAUGAGUCAGAGAAACUACGGCUGGAGAACGAGGCUUUACUGGAUCAACUGAAAGCGCAAGCAACUGGGAAAACAGAGAACCUCAUCUCUAGAGUUGAUAAGAACAACUCCGUAUCAUCAGGUGGUAAAAAUGUGCAGCAUCAACUGAUAAACGCAAGUCCAAUAUCCGAUCCUGUCGCGGCUAGCUAGCUGAUGGUGACACAAAAAACGAGAACCCGAUAUUUUCAUCUUCCGGGUUGUGAUUGUAACUUAAAAGGAGGCUUUUUGUUUUUUCUUAGAUUUGUAGCUCUCUGCUAUUGUGAGCAGACAUUGAUGUAAUAUAGUAUCGUUUAAGAGGUUCUGUGUGGUCUAGUGUGCUGUGACCAUGCACUUGAUUGGGAAAGGUAGGUUUUAGUCAUAUAAGCGAAUGGAUUAGAGAGAUAAGCGAAGACAUAUUUGAUGGUCUUUCGUUUUGUGUAUUCUUAUUUAUGAGAUUCUAUCAUUACUCUUAUCUAUA